AAGAAAUAAUAUGAAAUAUGCAAGUAUGCGGGUAUUUUGGAAACGUCACAUGAUAAGCAACAUAAUCGGAGUUGUUUUCGUGUGUGUGAUAGUGGGUAUCUAUAUCAGUCUGUUGCGCUAUAACAAAGCUAGUACUACCAGUUUUAACCUGGUACCGAAAAGUGUUGGUGCCUUACCAGGAGCAUACAGAUACAAAUCCCAGAAGGGACCGUUGUUUCACUUCACUAACCUCGGGAAAAAGUCUUUAAAACACGGGAAGUUGCCUGUCUUCAUUGUGGAGGAGCAUCAUGAAGUGCUUCCUGUUUGGUUUGAAGCAGCUAAAAAUGGAUACAUGCCUCAACAUGGCAAUACCUUGAUCCAUGUAGAUGGUCACAGUGACAUGGCACCGCCCUUUUUUCUGAGCCGCUACCCAGCUUGGCGCCCACCAAGGGACAACAAGGAGCUACAUACUAUGAUGCAGAGAAACGAUGCAUUCAUUGUGGAAGCGGCAAUGGCUGGGUUGAUCAGAAAGGUAAUCUGGAUUUGGCCUAAGUGGACAGAACACACACAUGAGGGUAUUGAACAGUCUGGGGAGGUGGAGGUAGGCUGGGCUCAGGUGGAUGGUCCACACAAAGACAAAAUCAAGGUGUUCUGUUUAUGCUUCCACAAUACAACAAAAAAUGCACAAAGCUGUAUAUAUUUACCUUUACACAAGGCAACAGAGAUGAGUGUUUCCAUUAACCCUCAUCUUUGUCAUGUCAAAAAGUCAUUCUUCUACAAAGAAAUCAGAGAAGAUGUUGCAGUCCAAAAAUUGAGCAAAAAUAAAUUAGUGACUUCCAGUGAAUCUGUAUUACUUGAUAUAGAUGAGGAUUUUUAUGGUUGUGCUUAUGCCUCUAAGCCUUUGCUGGAUGCUAAUAUCACUCUGGAAAAUAUCCACAAAUUAGAUAGUCUUAUACAAAAAUUGUUUUGUCCCCAAGGGGCAAUCCAAGAACAAGAUGCUGACCGGUUACUUGUCGGUGUGCUAGCAAUUUUGAGAAAGGCAUCUUCCUGUGCUGACAGUACUUUCAACAAGGCUAAAAAUGUCUUGCCGUCCAAAAGUAAUAAUGGUCAGUCCCAAGGUCAUGGAGGUAAGGUGAGCUUUAACAAAAGUACAGAAGAUGCUAAUAGAAUAUCUGGCAAGAAGAACCAAAACUCAGGCAGUGGAAAAUGUAAGGAGGAAGCUCUCUUCCUCACUAAAGAAGCAGAAUCAGCAGUUAGGAAAUAUUUGUGGCAAACAAAGAACUCUGUUGCAUGUACCAGGAAGACACAACAUAGUGAGAAGAUUUUAAAAGAAUUGAUAAACAACUUCAAACAGCAUAGCCUAAGACAACUUAGAUCUUUACAAUAUGUUGGCUUUUGUUCGACAACAUCACCCAGAUCUAGUAAACUUGUCAACAAAUUAAAUUUCCACAUAUGUCAUGGUGUAAACCACCCUGGUCAUUCUGCAGUAGAUGUGUAUAUACCACGCAUGUCCGAGAUCAACCACAGAACAAAACUUCUACAGGAAUUGAUGUCCACUGUUAGAAAUAAGAAAACAUCAAUGGCCACUGUGUGCCGAUCUGUGAGGGAUGGCUACACCCCACGUCGCUACUUUACUAAGAUAGAAGGUGAUGUGCUGAAGGUACUCAAUGUCACCUUUGGUAAUAUUCAGCUGCAUUAUGAUUCUAAUUUACUUGGUGGAAGGAAAGGUUGGCCAAGCCGUCAUAAAGUGUCUCCUAAAUGAUGCUAUGUAGCUAGAAGAAAAUGUUGGCCAUGUUGAAAGAUGCUGCCAGUAGGUAGCCAAAAUGAAAGGAUAACAAAGUUUACAUACAGGUCUGGGAAGUGGUGACAGCUAAAGAUGCUUUAAUGAAGAUGUUUGUGACAGUUAAAAUAUUAAACCCAUACAAAUACAAUUACAACUGCAUUUCUGCAACACUAUGUAGGUCUGUUCUCUAGGUUACGUGGAUAGCAGAGCUUAAUGGUGAUGGCUAAGUAUAUGUAAUUUAUGAUAUUAUGUAUAAACUGCUGCAAAGGUAAUGAUGCUAUGAUUGUGUCAUAGUUGUAUUCAAGUGAUGCAUAUAGUGCUGUUGAUUUUGGAUUGAAUGUUUAUUUUGUUAGCCUACUUUUCUCAGAUAGUGGGCAGUACAAACUGCACCAUGUCCAGUAUUCAGCAGUCAGUGUCCAUCCCUCAACAAUUUUUUUAUCAUCAUUUCAUGAGAAGUAAAGGGUGGAUCUUUCUCGCAUUUUAUAUAUAGGUUAUGCAUAGUAACUAGUUGUGCCCUUUUGAUUUUGGGACUGAUCAGGAAAACAAAAUGGCUGACAUCUUCGAUUUUGGCAGUGAAAGUCUGUAAUCACAAUUCCUUGAGGAUGUGGAUUUUCACAUUGAAUGUUUGUAAACUUAUCACUUUUUCUUGAGAAAUACUGGAUGGAUGUUUCUAAGAUUUAAUGGGUAGGUUACUUUAAUACUCCCUAGUUAUUCACUUCUGAUUUUGGGACUGAUCAGAACAGAAUAUGGUCAUUGAUCUGACUGUCAAAAACUAUCAUAGCUACAUUUUAAGAGGAAAUUUCAUGUAAUUAGGAGCAAAAGCAGAGGAAAGAAGAGAAAAAAGGGAACAGAUCAAGCCAUUAAGGAACAAAUAAGACCAAUGUUUUGUGAAGUUUCUAUAAUAUGGUUACAAUACACAAGUAAAAGUAAUAUUAUUAGAAGAAACACUCAUUUACCAAUUUUGGCUUAUAAUUAUCAUAAGUGAUUUUUCUCAUUGGCAUUUUAAAUGUGUCAUAUUCCAAUCUUUCUGUUACAAUCGCCUGUUGUCAUUCAUUCAUCACCACAUACCAGAAUCACUACAUGUAUUGAAGGGAUGUUUAUGGACAUUGUAAAGGUUAUGGAGUAUAUUGCAAUGAAUAUAUAUUUCAAUGGAUAAAUUAAAGUUCAGUUGUCAAGUUUCAUGUUUCAUACAGACUUUUAGUACAUAAAAUGUAUUAGAGGUAUAAGAACUAUGUACUAUUGAGAAUUAUGGAGGCAUCAAGUUCUUGUUAAAACUGUAGAAAUGUUAACUAACAAAUAAAACAUACUUUGCAGUUUUAUUAACUGUGAAGGUUUACUAAUAAACACACUGUGAAUCAAUCAUUUUAAUCGUCGAAUGUACGUGGGAAAAUUUGCAAUUAAUUUUAUGAAAAUUCUGUGGAAUAUUGUAUACUUAGGGCCAACAUUGCUGAAAGCAAGAGCAUGAAGAUCUGUGAUUUAGUGUUCAAUACCAAAACAGACUUACAAAUUUUAUUUUUAUAAGAUUACAUAUUUUUGAAUUUAA